GAGGAAUAAGGCAAGUGACAGGCGACAAGCUGACAGGGGAAACAUUUUCUAGUUGUCAAAAUAAGUAGGUGGUGGAAUACAAAGAAAUUAACGUACUGUGACGAAUCCGUCGGAGUAUUUUGCGUCUUUAAAAAAAUGCUAUAAGAAGUCAAAUUGCUCCACUGGAUUGCCGAAAAAAUGGAUAUAUCGGAUACAGGCGGAGGCCUUGGCCCCGAAAUUGUCUAUGGAACUCACGAAGACUCGCAUGUCGUUAUGUCUGAAAAGGUUCAAUCGUUAGCUGGUAGUAUUUACCAGGAGUUUGAGAAAAUGAUUGCUAGAUAUGAUGAAGAUGUAGUAAAGACACUCAUGCCACUUUUGGUUAAUGUUUUGGAAUGCUUAGAUGCAGCGUACCAACAGAACCAGGAGCAAGAUGUGGAACUGGAACUCCUUCGAGAAGACAAUGAGCAGUUGGUCACUCAAUAUGAGCGAGAAAAAGGAGCCAGGAAAACAUCGGAACAGAAAUUGUUGGAAUAUGAAGAUGCCGCGGAGGGUGAAAGAAAAGAACUUUCUUCUCGUCUGGAAGCUCUCGAAUCAAUUGUCAGAAUGCUUGAACUUAAACAUAAAAAUUCAAUGGAUCAUGCGUGUCGGUUAGAAGAACGAGAGGCUGAACUGAAAAAAGAAUAUUCCAAACUGCAUGAGAGGUAUACUGAGUUAUUUAAAACCCACGUGGACUAUAUGGAGCGCACGAAACUCCUACACUCCGGACAGCAACUAGUCAACGAGAGAACUGAGGCUGCUAGGCUAAACUCGAACCGACUGAAUAUCGGCCGCAGUUCGGAGCCCAUUUCCUUUGGAUUUUCGAGUUUGGAAAAUGCCGAAGUGGUCGACAGUGUUCCAUCGUCACCUAUAAGCAGUACACAUUCGUCUCCUAGUUUUCUUAAUGAUAUGGAGAAGGCGAAACCAAAGCAGCAAGUGGUGUUAAAAGUGGAGAAGGCUCAAGAGACUGAUUCAGUGAAUUGUGAAAAUAAGAGUGUGAUUACCUCACCUGUUAGUCCCCCAAAUAGUCAACCAAUUAACAACAGCACCACAAAAACCAAAAAGGAACAACGGAGCGGGAACACCUUGUAUCAGGAGCUUAGUUUUCAGGAUGUGGAUGGGGACGAAGAUGCAAGUGAUAUUACAGGGGGAUGGGUUCAUCCAGGAGAAUAUGCUUCUUCGGUCAAUGACAACUUUUACGGCAUGGGUAAGGAAGUAGAGAACCUAAUAAUGGAGAACAACGAACUCCUGGCCACCAAGAACGCCCUCAAUGUGGUUAAGGACGAUCUCAUAGUCAAGGUCGACGAGCUAACCGGCGAGAUUGACAUGUUACGGGACGAAAUCCUGUCGUUGAACGUGUCACGAACAAAACUAAAAGAAAAAAUAAGCGAACUGGAGGAAGAACUCAAAAAAGUGAGGGAGGCGAACGAGGCGAAACAGGAAGCUGACGAGGAGGCCGACGUGCCUCUCGCGCAGAGGAAGAGGUUCACCAGGGUGGAAAUGGCGCGGGUCCUCAUGGAAAGGAAUCAGUACAAAGAAAGUUUCAUGGAACUGCAGGAAGCGGUGCGCUGGACGCAAAUGUUGCGGGCGAGCCGUACGACUCCGCCCCUUGACAAAAAUCAUCGCAGCAUUUGGACGUUUUUUAGUAAUCUCUUUAGCAGCGGUGACCGUGUCCCGAGGCCCCCGUCGGAGCCUAGGUUGAGUUAUCGGACGGCGACGAACCAGGUGGCGCCCGGAACCAAAGCCUUGCCCCGUAUUACAGAUAGGACUGACGUCGAAAUGGGAUCGGACAAGCUCGCUAUGCGAAAGGCGCUGGAACGACGUGAACAGUACCGUCAGGUCAGGGCGCACGUGAAGAAAGAAGACGGUCGCCUCCAGGCAUACGGAUGGAGUCUGCCCGGCAAAGUGAACGCUCCUACGCUAGUCGAUAAGCAUAGCGGCGGUCUGCCUGUCCCCGUGCCGGUUUACUGUCGCCCUUUCGCCGAAACGAAUCCGAAAAUGAAGAUUUGGUGCGCGGCCGGCGUGAAUCUGAUGGGCGGUUACACCAGAGAUGGGGGUUUGAUGGUCGGGGGUAGUGUGUUUUAUUCGGAGGAGCCGGAAAUUCCGAGCGAGAUCCGCCCAGAAACUGAAGUGGAGACUCUCGAUAAAGAGCUAAACGAUAGCAAAGAGGGCGCUUUGUUGGAAACGAGGCUGUCGUCUCUGGUGUGGAUAUGCGCGACCAUGUCUAGGGUCAGCAUAAUAACGAUAAUCGAUGCGAACAACCCGGCGGAGAUAAUGAACAGUUUUGGGGUUUGUUCUGAGCAAGUGUUAUGCAUAGCCAGCGUUCCCGGUGCUAGCCCUAGCGAUUACCUCGAUACAACGACAGACGCAGCACCCACUACAAGUGAUAAGGACCCCAAAGAAGACGCGGAAACGCAAAUCUGCCGACCGGAGAAAGAGGAAGAUAGCGAAGUCGCUGACGAUGCGGAAAACAAUCAUCUCAAGAGCUUGAUGGCCGUCAGGAAAAAAGAAGAGCAGGGCGAAGCUGCAGUGUUAGGCAAGGUCGAAUAUGUGGAAAACGAUCCAACCGCUGUCAGCAAAAGGGAUCAGUAUAAGGUGGGCGUCAAAUCUCAACAAGAAUCGGAACCGGAAAAAUCGGACGGCGCACCCGAAGCGGGGACAGAGGCGGGCGACACAAACGAGCCGGAACUGACAGAGGCGCCCUCGAGCGGCGGUAACCGGGAAGUAAUGUCGAGCGUGUUGGCGACCAUGUGGAUGGGUGACGACAAGGGCAACAUCUACGUGCAUUCUUCGGUCGCUAACUGGACCCAACGGUUGCACACCGUGAAGCUGAAAGAUACUGUGAUAAGCAUUGUUCACGUCAAUGGCCGCGUGGUGGCUGCGCUGGCUUGCGGACAAGUGGUGAUAUUCAAACGGAACCCGGAAGGCGAGUGGGACCUGUCGCGUUACCACGUGGUGACCUUGGGUCUGCCCCAACAAGCCGUGCGGCAGUUGACCGCCGUCGGGGAUAAGGUGUGGUGCGCGUAUAGGAACAAAAUCCACGUGCUUGAUCCGCGGGAAAUGAAAGUGGUACACACGUUGGAGGUGCAUCCUAGACGGGAAAGCACUGCGAGAAAAAUGGCAUGGCUGGGCGAGGGUGUGUGGGUAUCUAUACGUUUGGACUCGACCCUGCGCCUGUACCACGCCCAUACGUUCCAGCACCUUCAGGACGUCGACAUCGAACCGUACGUUAGCAAAAUGUUAGGAACUGGAAAAUUGGGUUUUUCUCUAGUCCGUAUAACUAGUUUACUGAUCUCGUCGAAUCGCUUGUGGAUCGGCACGAGUAAUGGUGUGAUUAUAUCCGUACCACUCAACGAUGGCAGCACCAAUCAGGGCGGGGUCACGUCUCGAAGCACAGUUCCAGGUACUGGUAUUCGAGUACCGCCCGCGCCCGGCAGCUACGUUCCUUACUGCACAAUGGCGCAGGCGCAGUUGAGUUUCCACGGUCAUCGGGACGACGUCAAGUUUUUCGUGGCGGUUCCCGGUCAUGGGGGGAUUAGCGCCGCCUCCUCCCCGUCGGAGGCGAUGUCCGUGUCGGUUUCAUCGAUCGGAGGCCCGCCCAAACCCCCUAACGCCAUGCUGGUGAUAUCCGGUGGCGAAGGGUAUGUCGAUUUCCGAAACGAGGACGAUAACGAGCCGAGAGACGGAGCUUCACACCUACUGGUUUGGCAGAUUUUAAAUGACCUCCCCCUGGAUCCUUUGGGGCGAUGAUGCUGAAGACAUCGACGAUGGUGUAGUGCGUGAUGGCGAAUACGUCGCUUUCUCGAAACCAAAACCGGAAAAGCAGAACCACCUCAUUGUGUGGCAGGUGUCCAACAUGUAAUGAUGGCAGAAGAGGUACAUUUAAUAGCCAAAAACCAAAGCUGUGAAAUAUUAACACUAUAGCAAAACAAAAAUUCUAGCCCAGUUGUUUUGAUAUAAAGUAUAUGUCUCAAGUAGUCAUAGUAGUUCAAUCAAAUGAAAUACUGAGGGUGCAAAUAUCGGGCGCGUUUAAAUAAACCAAAGUUGUUUAGUAUAUUUGGCAAGUCACCAUAUAAUUUUUAAAUAGUUCAAUUGUAUCAAAGGAAAAUGUGUAUGCCAUAGCACAUUUCCCAUUUUUUUUAUAUCUGCCUGUAAUCAGACUAGCUCAAAUGUAUUAUUGCAAAAAUAUUAAAAUGGUCUGUUUAGAAUCUUUUUUCAAAUACCAUCAAAGACGUCAACAUUGGAUGUAUGUUAAACAUUGUGUGUUAACAGGCAUUAAGGCAAGAUAGUUCUAUCAAUUUGUUUUUUACUUUUAUCAUUUUUUAGUUAUACAGCACUAGAGAUUCAUUUAGGUGGGUGCUAUGUAUUGGUUACCCCAUACAAUUUUAUGUUAGAAGACGAAAUGGCAAGAAAUAUUUAAAGUGAAGAAUUACCCAAUUUUAUCAAUUAGUGAAUUGUAAUAUAAAUUUUAGGCAAUAUAUAUGCAUAACUUUGUAAAUUUUUGUUGAUUUUCACGUACCAGCAUUUUAGUUGUAAAUUUUUAAUAUUUAUUUGUAUAUUUGGCAAUGUACCUUGCUGAGUUCUGUCUGUACCU